UGUCAUGGUCCGGGGCGGCGCAUGCGUUGUUGCGCCCUGGGCGAGGUGAGGCAGGGCGGCUGCGGGAUGGAGUCGUACGAUGUGAUCGCCAACCAGCCGGUGGUUAUCGACAACGGUUCAGGAGUUGUGAAAGCUGGGUUUGCUGGUGAUCAGAUUCCAAAGUACUGCUUCCCUAAUUAUGUGGGAAGGCCUAAGCAUGUACGUGUUAUGGCUGGUGCCCUGGAAGGUGAUAUUUUCAUUGGACCUAAAGCUGAGGAACAUAGGGGCCUCCUGACCAUCAGAUAUCCAAUGGAACAUGGAAUUGUCAAAGACUGGAAUGAUAUGGAGCGGAUCUGGCAGUAUGUGUAUUCUAAAGACCAACUCCAGACUUUCUCCGAAGAGCAUCCUGUACUCCUCACUGAAGCUCCAUUGAAUCCAAGAAAAAACCGUGAACGUGCCGCUGAGGUUUUCUUCGAGACCUUCAACGUGCCUGCAUUGUUCAUCUCAAUGCAGGCUGUGCUUAGUCUAUAUGCCACAGGUAGAACUACAGGUGUGGUGUUAGAUUCAGGAGAUGGAGUCACACAUGCAGUUCCUAUAUAUGAAGGGUUCGCGAUGCCACAUUCCAUCAUGAGGAUUGACAUCGCUGGGCGUGACGUGUCUCGCUAUUUGCGCCUCUUCCUUAGAAAAGAAGGAUAUGAUUUUCAUACGUCGUCGGAGUUUGAGAUUGUGAAAACAAUCAAAGAGCGUGCCUGCUACCUGUCAAUAAAUCCCCAAAAAGAUGAGACUCUAGAGACAGAGAAAGCCCAAUACAUUCUGCCUGAUGGGAGCACAAUUGAAAUAGGCCCAGCGCGCUUUCGUGCUCCGGAGCUUCUGUUUCGGCCCGACCUGAUCGGUGAAGAGUGUGAAGGAAUCCAUGAAGUCUUGGUGUUUGCAAUCCAGAAAUCUGAUAUGGACUUGAGGCGAACACUAUUCUCGAACAUAGUUUUGUCAGGAGGCUCAACUUUAUUCAAAGGAUUCGGUGACAGACUGCUGAGUGAAGUAAAGAAAUUGGCACCCAAAGAUAUAAAAAUAAAGAUUUCUGCUCCCCAGGAGAGGUUGUAUUCCACAUGGAUAGGUGGCUCUAUCCUGGCAUCACUUGACACGUUCAAGAAAAUGUGGGUAUCGAAAAAGGAAUAUGAGGAAGAUGGGGCCAGAGCAAUCCACAGGAAAACGUUCUAAAGUACUUGGCAGAGUCUGUCCAGAUGACGUGAUCUUGCUUGUCUGGGUAUGGUGUAUGCCUGUGAGAAGGUGAAUGUGUGUACAUGAGAACAUGGAGGAGAGAAAAAGACUGGGUUUUGGGACGCAUGUGAUCAAGACAAGAGGUUUCAGUCCAUUUCAAGUGUUUUUCUAUUUCCCCUUCCCUUUUCCUUCUCCAAUUGCAUUGUCAUUCACAGCUAACAUACAUGUCAAACCUAUUACACUAAACUAUGGCAAGUGUAAUUUGGCUACAUCCACUGACUUGAUUUUGUUGGAGGCUUCAAUGAUAGGGCAGAGCAAGGGAUGGAGGAAAAUGGAAACUGUGGUGUCUGCUGUGUGACUAUUAAAAGCGUGGUAUGAAUGGGAAUUUAAACUGGCUUUUGUUUCUAUUUGCUUUUGAGACUGGUAAAGGAUUUAUAACCUGUUGUGCGUAGACAAAUUGCACGUCCCUGAAUUAAAAAUAUUAGCAUAGCUCAGUAUGAAGAAAAUAUAUAUAUCCCAGCGCUUUAAUGUGUCUCCCGUAACAUAUACUGCCUGUGCGUCCACUAGAUGGGGUGUUCACCCCUGCAGGCUACAAGCAUUUAGUGCUAUUUAAUCAAGUGCUCAGGGAGAGAAUGGACAAGCAGGAAACAUUCAUUAGGAGCAACCCCCCUGCGUGUUAAUGUUGUGGCAUGUAAUAUAAUUUAACUUAUUUGUUCUUCUGUAAAUGUUUCAAUAUAAGCCGAUACCAACAAGUCAUGAAUUCCAACGUCAAACGUUGAUUGCCACAUGCAAACAAUUGUUACCAAUAACAGGCACAAAGUGAAUGCAUUGCAACUUAAAAGCAAGGAUCAAGUUGUUCAGAUUGCUACUACAGUCAUUUUCAACAUCACUCUGGUUUGCUGAACUAAUGGUUGAAAUGAAGGGAUACAAAGUGGCUGCACUUGUUUUUAAGUAUUUAUUCACCGCUGCAGGGGUUGGGGUGGUGGAGGGAGAAAAGCAAGCGUGGAGUUGAGGAUAAAGUGAAGGAUAUUGCCGUUUAAUCUCAAAUCACAAAUCACGAACUAAAUUCAUGCCUGUGCCGGAGAGCCUUCCUGUUUGAAAACACUCCUCAGUGUUUAGCAUGAAAGGAACAAAAUAGUGUUUUAUUUUAAAAGGGAAAAGUUUAAAGCCUUGAAACUAUAGUGCCACUUGUACUAGUGACACUAAUCCACAGUGGAGAAGUAAACCACGUUUUGUAAGUGCCAGUCGUUUAUUUUAACUGUGCAGUUGUUAACCUUGACUGCAAAGGGAACUGCUGAAUGCUACUGAACUGGUUCUGCUCAGUAAAUGCAGUAAAACACUUUAUUUUACUAUGUAGCUUUCAUCUGAGUGGUAGACUUGUUUGAUUUUGUUUUUAACCUAAGCACAUAUGUCUUGGCAAGUGACCAAAAUUGACUGAAGACCACUGCUUUGUCUCGGCUGCUGUAGAGCUAGGUCCCUGUACGAUGGUAACGAAUGAAUAGGUCCAUUCCGACAGUAGCUUUUACUACAUUGUCAUCCAAUGUUUUACCAUGCAGACGUAUUGCAAACUGUGCUGCCACGUGUUGGCACUGGACGAGAAAAUGUUAAUAAAACAGUUCAAAAAGCCUGGGA